GCAGGGCACGCAGUUGACGGAGCCGCGCCGCGCUCGCCUCACCUCCCAGUCUGCAGCCUAAGCCGGCCAGGGAGUGCACGCCUUCGCGUUCCCAUCGCAGCCGCGGGGCAGAGAAGGAGCCGCACGCGUCCGCUGCUCUCUGUCAGUCCCGGCCAACUCUCCUGCCUCCCGCGUCGGGCUCGGCACCAAGCACCAGGGUACCAUGGUCUGCAAGAUUCUCUUCGCCCUUUGCAUCUUCACGGCAGGAUUGAGGGUCCAGAGUCUGCCUACGUCAACCCUCUUGCCUGUUUCUCUUUCUUCAAAAAUUACCCCACCGACAUCUACCUGGACUAGCUCUCCAGAAAACACUGCUGCAGCCACUGCCUCCCCUACCAGUGACACACAUAGCAACUUGCUACUGCCAGUGCCAUCGUCUUCCCAAACACCUCCACUUCUCAAAAACACUUCUGUAGAGACCAGACAGGAGGAGGUCACCAGGCCAGCUUCAGACUGGGAAGGCAUAAGCACAGACCCUUCACCUCCUGGGCUUUCACCAACAAGUGGUACGGUCCACUUAACAUCCACACCCACAGAACAUAGCUCGGGCACUUCUGAAACAAGCGUGCUUCCUACAGGGUCCUGGUCAUCCGCUGAGUCUCCCACUCUCAUCUCCUCUCAGUCUCCAGUCUCAUCACCCUCGUCCGCAUCAACCUCACUACCUGAGGUUCCUUCUACCCCUGCCACCACUGACUACAGCUCAGCCGUGACCAGCAGCAAGCCCCCAGGAACCCCAACCCCAGCAGAGUCCCCAGCAGAGGAGCACAGCUCUGACCAUACGCCCACUUUACAUGCCACUACCGGGCCGGUGACAACACCCCAAGAAACUGUGCCAACCAAGGUAACCUGUGAGCUGAUAGACAGCAAGACCACCGCCACCUCCCCGGGUGUGAUCAUGGAGGAGGUAGAACAUGCACUAAGUUCAGGCAGCAUCGCCGCCAUUACCGUGACAGUCAUUGCCGUGGUGUUGUUGGUGUUUGGAGUUGCAGCAUAUCUGAAGAUCAGGCAUUCCUCCUAUGGAAGGCUUUUGGAUGACCAUGACUACGGAUCCUGGGGAAACUACAACAACCCUCUCUACGAUGACUCCUAACAAAGGACCGUGGACUGGGAUGGAAUAACUGUUCUUUAUUUAUAAGUGCUUCUCCAGUAGAAUUAACAAGUACCCGAUGCACAUUGAAUGGCAAUCUUAAGCCCUGUUUUGUUGGUCUGGUUGUUUUUGUUUUCCUCCCUUUCCUAUGGCUGCUACAACUCCCCCUGUCUGAUACAAAAAGAACCAUUAAUUAAAGGUGAAUCAAGGCUGGUUUGCUUCUGAAAUGGGCCAACUUUGAGCUACCAGGCCCAACCACCGUGGUGAAGGCAUCUGCAUCCACCGCAAGACCCGCUCCGAGAGGGACCAAGGAAGAGGGACUGGGUUAGUUUUGCUGGGGGUUACUUUAAGGGGAGCUUUUUGUUCAUGGUACUUCUUAAACUUUUCUCUAGGAAAUUACGUUACAUGUCAAUGAGGGGAAAGGAAAUGAGGACUAGGAGGAAUUCACUCCGCAGGUGAGGAAAGCAAGGGUUUCUCCAAUUCCUUUUUAAAUUCCGUUUAUCUGGUUGUGCCUCACAGGACAUCCUUUAAGCUGGACAAGCUGGAUACCAGCUUCUUUGCUGCCUAAUUAAUGAAAGAUGAAAAUAGAAAGUGCCCUGGGGGAGGCUGGAGGCUGAGGGCCAGAGGAACAAGUUGCUGCCAGAUCUCAGUGAGCCCACCUCUACCUGUGCUCCCCUCCAGGCUCCUGUCUCAGCUAAGGAUGCCAGUUCUAUUCGACUUCAGCUGGAAUUGCAGCCCACAGCUUUCAGCGGAGUUGGGAUCCUAAAGGAGAAUGCCGUGAAAUGAGUUUAGAUCUAGAAGAGAAAAGAAGAGAUGUCAUGGGCUGAGUGCUUGAGGAAUUGAGGAGGGCAGGGGAGAAAGGAGGGAGUGACAUGCAUUGAGGGCCUCAUUAGGAAAGUAAGAAUAAGCUCUCACUCUCAGAGGUAUCCACUGCUCGAAGGAGUCAAUAGAAUCCUUGCUUUAUACCCAGUAAAGCAACUGGCUCACUGCCUUCCUGUCUGUUGGAUAAUGACUGAAAAUGUUUUUUUUUUUUUUUUUAAAGCAGGCACUAAUGUAUUGGCUUUUGUCACUGAGGCAUUUCCAUAGGAAACCAACACCAUGGUUAAUCCAUUUAUUCUUCCCACACCUUUAACUUACACAUUCUUCCCUUUAAUAAAUGAAUACCCUGGGUAUAUCGUCUCAAAUCUUGCAUAGCAAAUUCUGAGAAAGAACGGAUCAUCAUUAUAGGCAUUUAUCUCAGUGAUUCCCAAGCAAGAGGUGAUUUUUUUCCCCCCUAUUAGGGGACAUUAGGGGACAUUGGAAGCCCUGGUGGCACAGUAGUUAAGAGCUAUAGCUGUUAACCAAAAGGUCAGCAGUUCAAAUCCACCAGGUGCUCCUUGGAAACUCUAUGGGGCAGUUCUACUCUGUCCUAUAGGGUCACCAUGCGUUGGAAUCAAUUCAAUGGCAAUGGGUUUUUUUGGUUUUAGGAAACAUUUGACAAUGUCUGGUAACAUUUUUUAUUGGGGGUGCUACUAGUGGGUAGAGGCUAGGGAUGUUGCUAAACAUGCUACAGUGCGUAGGACAGCCUGCCACAACAAAGAAUUAACCAGCCCAAAAUGUCAACAGUGCCAAGGUUGAGAAACCCUAAUUUAUUGUGUUUCAUUAUGAUAGAACGAGACAUUCACAGACUAGUAAUACUUUUUUUUUUUUUAACAAAUGAAAUGAUUUGUUAAAUUUUUUAUAUUGAAAGUGUUGUGUUUGUUGGUCGUGGGUUGUUUUGGCAUGCAUGAUUGCCUUUUUAUUUCUAUGUGUUUCCUAGAUAGCUUUAUUUCACGGCUGCCACUCUGUCCUCCCAUAAUACAUGAUAUUAGCAACCAGCAUCUGAUGUCCUGAUUUCAUGUAGUAGAAAACAUACUUCAGGUCCUCUUUCAGAAUGUGCUCUAUUGUCCUUCAAUGUCACAAAGAACUUGAAACUGGGUCAGUUUUUAUUUCUAAACUUGAACUUAUUGCCAUGAGUGUUUAGUGUACAGAAACUUGACCCGCAGAUCAUCCUGUCACUCGCUCUGGUCUAGCAAAGUCCUGACAUGAAAACCACCAUUGCAGUACUUUUCUAACCUCUCCGGUGUCAGAGGUGCAGGGAGCAGCACCACUGUCCACAACCGGCCAUCCCAUACCCUGCUUGAGGAAUUCAUCCCACAUUCCUCAGGUGCCAAAAGAGAAGGAGCAACCCCAAGAGGUAUUUUGCAACAGCAGUAGGUAACGAGGAGUGGGCUUCCAGGAAUUAUAAUAUCUCUGAAUUUUUUUUAAGUGGAUCUUCUCAGAAAAUGGCCAAGAAUGACCAAAGGUGCACCUUGGGCUGUAAAUGUUCUGGAUAAUUGUCCCUCUUUCUUACCCUCACCUCCUUCAAAGGGCUUUCGGUUUGGCAAAGAACAAGCUAAUAAAAACAGGACAUUCCAUAAGUUUUGUCCCCCUCAGCUAAAACCAUUUUGACAACAUGUCCAUGGUACACCUUUGGAGGUUCACUUCUGGGUGUGGCUUCAGUCAUAAACAUUGGGUCAGAGGGACCAACUCUUCACAGAGAACCCCACCCAAUUAUAAACCAUAGAGUCAGCAACGGCACCAGGUAGCUAGUUGCUCUUAACUUGAAAAUCAUUAUGGUGAAGAGAAGGGUCUGGGUCUAAAGUAAGUGUAUUCAGCUAGACAACAGCCUCCCACAAAAACUCUAAGAGCACUCUUUGUUAUGCUGGUAUAAAGUAUGUAUGAGUUGAACCUUAUUUAGCUAAAUGUAUUUUUGGCAUUUGAGUUGGCCAGAGGAUUUUAGCAAUUAUAUUCUGCAAAUGUUACUUAAAACACACAUUCAUACACAUAUGAAACAUAUGCCAAUAACUGACAUCACUUUCCUCAGGGAGAGAGUCUGUUCAGGUCUACCCAGGGGAAAUGGCUCCAGUGGAUCCAAACGAACAGCACAGCAUCCGUGCAUAGGACUAGUGUAAAAGCCUUAGGGAGGUCAGUGCAGGAGCCUCUUCUAGACCAGAGAUUGCAAAUUCCUGGAAGACUGGGAUUCGACUUUGUUUUUCUGAAAACAGUGGCCCCACUGAAAUCUCCUGCCCUCUCUGAACUUCUGUUUCUUUGUUUCUAAAAUGAGGGCAAUGCUUUCAUAUUGACCUCACCCUAUAUUACAUCACAGAGGUGUCAUGAGGAUUAAUGAAUUCAUAUCUACAGUAUUUUCAGUUUCUGGAGAAAAAUAUUUACAGAUAUUUGAAGUAUUACAUAGAUAUAUAAGUGAUCUAGGUUUGCUUGCUGUUAUACUGGUGAAUUGUUUCUACUUAAAUCUAUGAAACUGCAGCUGUGUUGUGGCCACACCAGACAGCUGUUACAGCUCUGAACUACCCUAGUGCAGCUGACCAACUGCAGGGUUAAUCGUGCCUGAGACCUUGAACAAUGGUUUCCAUCUCCAAAAGAAAGGAUGGCCUAGGACAUGGGUCUCAUAGACGCUUAAGCCAGGAUCUAGAAGGUCAGGGUGAUAGUACAGAUACAUGAGCACCAAGGACAGUAGACGUCUGGCCUAUACCAUCUUGGGGUCUCCUGGGCCCUUUGCUGAAUUUCCUGUUGGCUUGAUGUCAUCUGUUUGCCCUUCAUCUUGCUUGCAAGGGUGCAUGGUUCAAUCCCUCACAUCUGGGAAAUUAAUUUUGCAACUGGGCCAGAUGCUAAUUUGCAUGUUGAUUCACCUUCUUUGCCUUUAACCUUUUUUUGGCAAAUGAAUGUAUCACUUCAACUUUGAUUUUAAAAACAGUAGAUGAUAUUGGUAACAUUGCUAAACAGGAGACCAGUGCCAGAUUGUUUUCCUGGGAUGGGUAAGCUGACGUCAUUUGAAGAUGGGAAGAUGUGCAACUUCUUUGAUAUUUCAUGUCCUUGUAUCCACAUUUGUUAUAAGAUGUAUUAUACGGAUUAUAAUUGUAUUAAAGUUGUUAAAAGCUUG